GCUGAGUUUGUAUGUUGUGUUGUUUUUUCGGUGCAUUUCGCAUGAAAUAAAAUUUCCAAAAAAUUAUAAGUGGCGUAUGUUGAUUAUAUACGUAUUUUUUGAUUAGUAAUAUAUGUUUAAAAAUGUCUGAUGAUCGCUAUCGCGAACAUCGUCGUACUUCUGAAGAAGAUCCUUAUGACGAAACUAAUAGCCGUGGUCGUCGUUUACCCGGACGCUAUUUAGGUGAAGAUUCCGGUUCAGACCGGCGUCCAAGAGAGCCAGAUUCACGUUAUGAUAGAGAAGUUGGCGGGAGUCGUCGUCCGCGCGAAUCUGAUUCACAUUAUGCGGCAGGACAGCCAUAUGAUAUGUAUGCAACUGGUGGAUCGGGAGAUAGUCGUGAUAGUCGCGAAAGUCGACGACCACGUGAGCCCCAUAAUCCUUUCGAUAUAGAUCGUCGCCCACGAGAGCCGGAAUCUCGUUACCAAGAUAGCUCUGCUAGCCGGCGUGCGCGUGAACCAGAUUCACGUCAGGGUGACAAUCGUUCUGAUAGCUCGUCUGGCAAUAAUCGGCGUCCACGCGAACCUGAUUAUCGCCAAGGUGAGAGUUUGUCUGGUGGUGGUCGCCGUCCACGGGAGCCUGACUUAUCUUAUGAAGAACCGCGUUCUAAACAAGCAAAACGGGAUGAUUACUCUGCCGAUUCGUUAAAGAAAGAACGUCGUUCUGCAGAGGAUGAUGUUGCAACCACAAGUCAAGGAUCAGCAAAAUGUAAGCCAGUAAAACUGGAUAGCGAGGGUAAAUCUAAAGGAAUUGAUGAUGCCCGUGAAAUCACAAAAGGUGAUGGUAAACCUAAAGUGGAAAGAGAAGAGAGAGGAAAUCGGCGUACUCGUUUACGUUUCGAUGCUGUUAAUACACGUCCUAAAGAAUUGGAUUCGAAACUUGGUUCUUCAGGGAGAACAAUUAGACUGCAAACAAAUUAUUUUGUUUGUGAUACAAAAGCAGAUUGGUGUAUUUAUCAGCAUAUUGUAUAUAUAGAUCCAGAAAUUGAAGUUCGCCGUAUACGUAGUGGUGUUUUAUCAAUCAUUUCUAGUGUACUUGGUGGAUAUUUGUACGAUGGCCUUCAUUUAUUUUCUAAUAAGAAAAUAACUGAAAACGAGACGAAAUAUGAAGUGGAUGCGAAAGAUGAACGAAAGUAUACUAUAACUAUUCGAUAUGUUGGUGUGUUACAGAUGACGGAAUAUCAAGCCUUACAUAUAUUAAAUUUAAUAUUGCGACGAGCAAUGGGAACACUUAAUUUACAAUUAGUUGGACGUAAUUUUUAUGAUGCUCUUGCAAAGAUAAACAUCAAGGAAUUUAAUCUCCAAUUAUGGCCUGGUUAUGAGACAGCCAUACGUCAACACGAACGUGGUAUUCUUCUACGCGCCGAAAUUGCUCACAAAGCCAUGCGUACAGAAACUUUGUAUGAUAUUUUGCGUAGAUGUAUGUCAAAUAAUAAAAAUUAUCAAGAAGAGUUUCGUCGUCAGGUCAUUGGUACAACAGUUUUGACAGAUUAUAACAAUCAAACCUAUACUGUUAAUGACAUUGAUUUCAAUUUAACUCCAAAAGGCACAUUUCUUUAUAAAGAUGCAGAAAUAACAUUUAUCGAGUAUUACUCUCGGAAAUACAAUAUUCAUAUACGCGAUGAACGCCAACCAUUGUUACUCACAAAGGGCAAAAAGAAUUUAAGUAAAACUAAUGAAAUAAUAACACUUAUACCAGAAUUGUGUCGUGCGACUGGACUCAAUGAAGAAAUGCGUUCCAAUUUCAAUCUUAUGCGUACACUUGCCGAAUAUACUCGUAUGAAUCCAGAUCGUCGUAUAGAUCGAUUAAUGGCAUUUAAUCGUCGUUUAAAAUCAUCGCAAAAUUGCAGUAAAAUAUUCAAUGAAUGGAAUUUAAAACUUGGCGAUUCACUGGUUGAAGUUACAGGCCGCGUUUUGGAACCUCAAAAAAUCGUUUUUAGUAAUCAAAAAGUUCCUGCAGGUGAUGAUGCCGAUUGGAAUCGUCAUUUUCGUAGCAGUCAUAUGUUAACUUCACCAUCACGUGGACUUGACCGUUGGGCUUUCGUUUAUAUGGGUCGUCAAUCACGUGAUAUGCGUAACUUUACUGAAGCUCUUUUGCGUGCUGCAAAUGGUUUGAAAUUUCAAAUUUCUCGUCCCAGAGAAAUGGCAAUUGGUGACGAUCGUACAUAUUCCUACAUUAGUGCUUUAGAGGAAGCAGCUCGUGGUGAUCCACAGUUAAUCAUGUGCUUGGUGCCAAAUAAUAACGCUGAAAGAUACAUUACAUUGAAAAAAAAAUGUUGUCUGGACCGUGCUAUACCAAUGCAGGUAAUAACACAAAAGGUAGCAGGUAAUCAACGUGGACUUAUGAGCAUUGCUACGAAAGUUGCUAUACAAAUAAAUGCUAAGCUUGGAUAUACACCGUGGAUGGUUGAAAUACCUCUUAGUGGUUUGAUGAUUGUAGGUUUUGAUGCAGUAAAAAGUACAAGAGAUCGUUCAAAAAAAUUUGGUGCACUAGUUGCUACAAUGGAUAUGAAAAUAAAUUCUACAUUUUAUAGUACAGUAGCUGAAAUGAGUGCACACGAUAAUUCGGCUCCCAUUUUAUGGACUAUGAUGGUUAAAGCGUUACACCAAUAUCGUCUAGAACAUCAAGCACUACCAAAGCGUAUUAUAUUUUAUCGAGAUGGUGUUAGUGACGGUCAGCUGGAACAGGUAGUUGAUUUUGAAGUCAAAGAACUAGUUGCUAGACUCAAUGAACAAUACAAAGCUGUUGGGUCCGAUAAGGGGUUAAUGUUUUCAUUCAUAGUUGUCACAAAGACUUCAAAUACACGAUUCUUUGCUCAAGGUAAAAAUCCGCCACCUGGUACAGUUGUUGACGAUGUUGUUACAAUGCCAGAACGGUAUGACUUUUAUAUAGUGUCGCAGUGUGUACGUCAGGGUACCGUUUCGCCUACCGCUUAUAACGUCAUUUUUAGCAAUAUACGCUUAUCACCAGAUCAAAUACAAUUGCUGACAUACAAAGCAUGUCAUUUGUAUUAUAAUUGGUCAGGUACAACUCGAGUUCCAGCUGUAUGCCAGUACGCCAAAAAGUUAGCAACGCUUGUUUCACAUUGUUUACUAAGUACACCCCAUUGUGUACUUGAAAAACGUUUAUACUAUUUGUAAACAUUAAGAUUUUUAAAAAGUUUAAGCCAUUUUUUUCAUUUUUUUUUAUAUUUAUAAUUAUUUGAAAUGUCCCAACAAAAUUACAAUGAAGGCAUACAUUGGUAAUGCCAAUUACGUAGAAAACCUCUUUAUCGCACCCAUACAAGCAUUUAAUGCUUAAGUUAGUUUAUAUAUUCAUAGUCAAAUAAGCAAAGAUCAAAGUGCUAGCUAACAGUACGAAAAUGAGCAAAAAAAGUAGUUAAACAAGAAAGCAUUGGCAUUUUCAAUGUUAUAAAGAAAACAUGAUUUUUAAAAAUUAGGAAUGUAUAUGUGAAUAAAUUUUUCUUAUUUCACAUAAAAUAUUACCUUAAGAAAAGCAGAACAUCAUUUUUCAUAACUGUUUUUUCUCGUUUUUAA